AUCUUAUCUAUCAGAAUUAGACCAUCACAUCGAAAAACAUUUUUAAUCUCUUUGAUUCUUGAGCUCAGUCAAACCUUACCACGUCAAGUCUACGACGUUAAAUGGGUAGUGCUUGUUUCUUUGCUAAACUCUCGUAAGAAUAGCCGUGUUUCGAUUUCCUCCGGAACACAGUGUUUAUUCUGUGUUUAGUCACACCGCGUCAAAAAUGUUAUACAGGGUUACUUCCGGUUUAUCGUUGUUUACCUUUGUUUACCAACAGUCGACACUUCGUGUAGGCCUAAUAAGGUGCAGAUAGCCUUAAUUUUGUCGAUCAUCAUGAAAUUGAAAUACACAUGUAAUAGUUUGGGGUGUAUGCAGUACAUAUUUGUUUAUGAGCGUUUGAUAAGCUACUAUUAAUCUACGGAAUACAAUGAAAGACUUCGUCAAGAACAGAAGAAGACGAUGUUGUCGUGUAACUCGCACAAGGCCCAGCUGUCUAGUAACCGGAGGGGGGAAGGAAAAGAACGUAUUAGACUCAGUGAAACCUGUCAAACAGAUAAUGAUACCGGUGUCAGGAACCUAUCGAAGACUGUGAGAGUCCACUGCGUUAUCUUUACUAGUGACUACCUCGGACUUCGCCAAUCCAUCGCGGUGGCCAACACGUGGUCCAAGAGGUGCACCUCCGCCAUCUUUGUCGGAAGAAAGCAUAAGCAACCUUUCAUUUUCCCUACGCUACGAACCAAUAUCUCCUUCUACCAAUCAAUCGAAUAUGCCAGAAACGUUUUUAACUACGCAAUAUCGGAUGCAUUGAAAAGAUACACAGACAAAAAUGACUGGUUUUUGUUUGCCACAGAUGAUACUUUUGUCAUUUUGGAAAAUUUACGACACUUUCUUUCCAAGCAGAGUUCAUCGGAGCCUAUAUAUGCUGGUACAAUUUCGAAAACAGUCCAAGGACGCACUUGGUCGUUCCAAAGUGGAACUCUUUUGUUUAGUAAGGCAUCUGUUGAAAAAUUGAGACAUAAUUCAAAAUUUUUAUGUAAGACCAACGAUGCGAAUGAUUUCAGCAAGAAUUUGUGCCUUACGGAAGCUGGGUUGGUAGAUAGAACACCAAUAGACAAAGACGGCGGGUCGUUAAUGAAUAAUCUGCCGCUUAAGGUUUCCUUCAAGCUUAAUAUUACCGCGGGGGUCAAUGUGCAGAUACGGCCAAAUCCAUACAUAAACUCCUUUCGCUUUCUAAUUACUCACGAUAUUUAUGCACAUGAAGUCUUCGUGUAUCAUAUAAGGGCAUAUGGAAUUAGAAAAUUAUAUACAUGAUUUGUGCAUUUUACGAAAAAUAUAAUCAGCAUACUGCGCAAUAUUAGCCAUUUUCAUUUAACUCCAUUAAUCAUACAGAUUGCACAUAAGUGUUGAUAACUUUUUGUGUGUGUAUCUAUAGACAUGUAUGUGUGUGUAUAUGUACCUGUGUAUACCUGAUCAAAAGAAAGGGCUCACAGCGGGUGUGACCGGUCGACAGUGGAUGCUUACUCCUCCUAGGCACCUGGUCCCACCUCUGGUAUAUCCAGGGGUUUGUGUUUACCCAACUCUCUAUUUUGUAUUGUUAUAGGAGUCAUGAGAUUGAUCUCUGUUGUGUGUGUGUGUUCAUGUUUAUGUAUUGACUGUACUUAACAGAGCGGAUUUUAUAUGUUCUACAGCACCGUUUCUAGUCGCUUUUUGCUGUUGAUACAUGCAAAUGUUCAUGUUGUGAAUUCUUAUUACUUAUGGCAUUUUCGACAUAUACGUGUUGCGGUAGUAUAUUGCUUUAAGCAAAAGUGGACGCAUUAAUGUCCUCAAGCACCAACUCUUGUUGCUCCUUGUUGCUAUCUAUCUGUACAGUGAUGGUUGUGCAUGAAUUUAUUUACUUAAGACUUAUAUUAUAUCUUUAUCAGUAUGUAUUGUACCUUAACAUAUUAGUUUGAGCAAAUUUGAGCACGAAUUCUAGUAGCGCUGUCCAUCAUAUCCCGUAAGCCGUGUUCAUCAUUUAAAGGGACUGAUUCACGAUUUUCCUCCAAAUUUUGUUUUUCACUUUAAAUGAUCAAAAUCUACAGUCUAAUAUGUUUAGAAGGUUUCACACAAAAAUUAAGGUUAUUCAUCAUGACAGAAGCUCAUUAUAGAGAGUUUAUUAUUUGUUUUGAAAACAAAGAUUGAGAUGUGUUAUUGUUUACGGUUUUUUUUUUAAAUAAAUGGAUUUUGAUCCAAGUUUUUUUUAUAUAUAUCACAUCUCAAGUAUACUUUGGGUAAAAUGUGUCAUUUAAAAGUUAAAAUUUUGAUUGUACAAAAUGAAGAUGCUUUAAAUUACAAAAUUAACGUUUCACUGGUUUGUUUGUUUACAUUAAAAGACUCGAGUCUUUGUUUACAUAACAAAGAAUCAAAGCUGAAAUAUUGCUCUUAUCCUUGCAUUCAGACGGUCCAAAUUUUGGUUGUCAACAUUAAAUGAGCAAUAUUUUUCAUUUUUAACAUCAAAGUUGAAAAUCAUUUCUUUCGAAAAACGUGAAGCAGUCCCUUUAAAGACUCAAAUGUUAUAAACAUAGACAAUUUAUACUAAGUUUAAACAACAAAUCAUACAAUAUUUUAUGUUAAUUGUGGAAUCUAGUCAUCAUGCUAUAUUGUAACACAAUCUGAACAAGACUUUAUUCUGUCUGUUGUCAUGCUAUAGAUGUUUGUAGAUACAUAUGUAUAUGUAAUCAUAAGUGUUGUAUGUCAUGCCCUGCGAGGCCCUAAUUUGGAAAUAAAUAAUUCUAUUCUAUCUUA